AACACUUAUAACAACAUCAUCAUCAUUAGCAUUAUCAUCGGCAGCAGAAAAACUUUCUCCAACAUCAUCGUCAUCAAUAUUAUCAUUGGUACAAAAAUUAUCUUCAGCAUCAUCGUCACAAAUGGUAUCAUCAGAAACAGCAUUAGCACUGGCAACCUCGUCGUCAAUAGUUUCACCAGCUCCAACGCUGUCACUUAAAACCCCGUCGUCAAUAGCAUCACUGGCCGCAGCGUUAGCGUCAACAUCAGUACCAUUACCAUCUUCAAAGAUUUCAUCUGGAAAAUCGUUGUCACUAAUACCAUACUCGUCAGUAACAUCAUCGACAGUGUCAUCACUCCUUAUGCCUCAACCAUCAUCAACAUCAUUGUCAUCACUGUCAAAGAAAAUUCAGGAGCUGGCAAAUGAUACUAUUUCAGAGUUCGACAGCCUAAAUAUUACCAGCAACAAUUCCUUGCAGGAAGCUGCUAAUUUGUUUGAAAACUUCACCACUAAUUAUCAAAACAUGACCCUUGGAGAAGGACAGCCUGGAGUAGAAAAGCUCAGAACGGAGUCCAUUUUUAAGGUGGCAGUAGCCUUCGAGAAAAUUGUUCUUACGUAUGGCAAAUACCACAUACGUGGAACAAACCGUUCAAAAAGGAUCAGUUACCCUCACCGCAACUUGUGUGAGUACAUACAUGGUUGUCUUUUCAGAUUUGUGGUAAUGACCAUUUAUUCAGUAACUGAUUGAGCGAUUGAGAGAGUGAAUAACUGGGUAACUUACUAGUCGA